AUGCCUAGAGCACCGUACUUCCACAAUUCUAAAUCAAGAUCACGCCGUGCUUCGAUAAGUGGUAUACGUGUUGACCUUCAAACUUUGACCGAAAGUGAGCUGUAUGAGCACUACUGCACUUUUACAGACUCACCAAUUCAGACCCGCAUCUUGACCAGAAUUACUAAAUAUUUGAAGGGAAACUUAUGUACAAAAGUCGUCCAUCAAAGUCCCCCAGGAUGUAUAGUCCCGGAACCAGAUGUAGACAAACCCCGUCUAUUCGACUUUGAAAAACUCGCCGAAUAUAUCAUUCCCCGUCAGGCAUUUUGCAAUCGCUACGUUACAGUAUGCGAUCCAGAAAACAAGUAUCGCAUAUUAGGCCAUCCAGUGUGCAUCAAGAACGAGAAAUAUGAACGCAAUGAGCUUAUGUUUAAUUUUUGCAUUGUGACCAGAGUCGAGGUGGAUAAGAUUCCUUAUGAAGCUGUGGUUAAACGUUUGGCUUCAACGUUUACGGAAAUGGAGAUUCAGAAUGAAUUUUUGAGUCAAGAGGACACGCUACUUUCUCAGGAUCGGAGAUCGAUUGCUGCGUUGUUGGAGAUUAUUAAGGAGGAUUUGAAUAAUUAUAAUGAGUGCAUGAUUCCUGUUGAUGAUGCCAACACGAUCAAUAUGAAACUUUUCCCAAUCCACAAACAUCCACCUCCAAUUAAAUCAUGGCAUGUCCCAAUCUCCAAGAUCAAAUUCGCCGAGAUCGUGGAUGAUACUUGGGAUCUUACCAUGAGAAAGGUAAUCAAACACAUCGACGGUAUCAAAGACGUCAGAAGGAUCGCCCAUGACGCAAAUGUGGCACUCGAUCUCACCAAAAUAGCAUUACAACAUCUUCUCUACUAUGAUUCCAUUCUCAUGCUCGAUAUCUUCCUCUUCAGCAAUAUCUACGCACCCACGUCGGAAAUGAAUGAUUUCGUAGCCAAUAAAGAUGGCAUGCAAGAGGAAUGCGCCAGUUACGUAUACAUCAAUGGUCCCCGUCUUAGCAAUUUCAUACUCUGUCGACUCUUCACCACCCUCUGUACAUCCAGAACCCUAAAAGAAUGGCUCAAACUACAUAUGGACCAAGGCCUCAACGUGCUAAAUUACGCUGAUAUCCGUCGAUUCAUACAAUUUGGUGUAAUCAAAGGUCUCAUCUAUCGCGUACAUAGAUAUGCCGUAUCUUCACGAUAUUUAACAUCAAUCCUUUCCCGAUACGCGAUGCCCUUUGAAGCAAGAGAUCGUGCGCUACAGAGGUAUACGAAUGGUUGCCAUUGUUUUGAUCAAAUUACUACGGAGCUGAAUAUAGGGGAGGCAAAAAUCAUGGAACGGUUGCGUAAAUUUCCAAAGGGAGAUGUAGAGGUUAUUUACCGAUGA